CUGGGCCGAGUCAACCCUCACUGCGGAUCAACGGCCUCAACGCAAAAAAAUCCCGCAUCCCUUAUCUUCUCACCAUGCGCGAUCUCUCCUCGCUCCUCGCGAGCCGCGGCCUCGCUCACCUGCAGCCGACGCUCGACGAGGAGGCGCUGACGCUUCCGCUGCUGCGGAUGAUCUCCGAUCUCUCCUCUGCCCUCGCAGAGCUCGGCAUCUCGGAGGAGGACGCCGCCGCCCUCCAGCACGCGGUGCACGGGCCCGCCGCCGCCGCGUCGGCGUCGACCGGGACAGCGUCCCUCGCUCCGCCAGCCGGCGGCGGCGGCCUUCCGCCAGCCGGCUCGCUCCGGCACCUGCGAGUCGCGGUCGUUGGCCACAGCGGCUACUUUGCGGGCGACUCGUAUGGUGGCGCAACCCGCGCCAGCCUGGCCCUCAUCCGCGAGGCAUUGCGGCUCUGCGGCGGCGGCUCUGUCGACGUGUUGGCGCUCACUCCUAAGCCGCUGCCAGAGGGCCUCGUCUACGCGCUCGGAGUUGCCGACGGAGCUGCAGGCGGCGGCGGCGGCGGCGGUGGCGGAGAUGGAGGCGGCGGCGGCGGCGGAGGCGGCGGCGGAGGCGGCGGAGGUGGAGGAGGCGGCGGAGGUGGAGGAGGCGGCGGCGCGGCGGCGCGGCGGCCGCUCGUUGCGCGGCACAGGUGGGAAGGCCACGACGUGCUGAUUGGCGCAGAGGCGGCGCUCGUGCAGGCGACGCGGCGCCGCUCGUACGAUGUGGUGCUCUCCCUCUCCCUCGAGGCGCCGCUGCUGCAGCUUGCCGUUUGCUUGCAGUCGGACGCGCUGUACGCGAUGGGCCACGACGACCUGCUCCAAGGCCACAACUACUACCUGCCGCCCUUUGGGCCGUUCAAGAGGCACCCGCCCGCCGACGGGCACGCGGAGCUGCUGCGGCGCGUCGACUGCAUCCUUUCGCCGUGCGAGCACCACUGCGCAUACCUCCGCCGCUGGGGGCCGCAGCAGCCACGCCUCUGCACACGCCCGCUCUGGGCAGCCAAGUACCACUACUUCCUAGACACUUCCGUGGACACCUCCGAGACACUUCCUGGAACUUCCGAGACACUUCCUAGACACUUCCCAGACACUUCCUAGACACUUCCUGGACACUUCCUAGACACUUCCUAGACACUUCCUAGGCAGCCGACUACCACUACUUCCACUCCGGGCUGCCCGCCGACCCGGCGGCGGCGGCGGCGAAAGGGGCGGCGGCGGAGGGGGCGGCGGGGGCGCCCUCCUUGCCCGAAGCGAUGCGCCCGUGGGAGGCGGCGCAUGUGUACGUGACCCUCGUGAGCCCCUGCCCAGCGAAGGGGCUGUCGCUGCUGCUCGCUCUCGCAAGGGCGAUGCCGCGGGUGGCCUUCGCCGCCGUGGCGACGGGAUGGACAGACCCCGCCUCGCGUGAGCUGCUCGAGUCCGCUCCGAACAUCGCGCUACUCCCGCCCGACGACGACGUCGACGUCAUCUUUCGGCGGACGCGCGUCCUGCUCGCUCCGUCUCUCUGGCAGGAGUGCUGCCCGCUCGUUGUGAUGGAGGCGCUGCUGCGCGGCAUCCCCUGCGUCUCGUCGGACGUGGGCGGCUUGCCCGAGGCAAACCUCAACGCCGAGCUCGUCGCGCCAGCCUCGCUCUCCUUCGACCAUGCCCGGGGCACGAGGCCCCGCCACUGUGUGUGUGUGUGUGGAGACGUGGACCUGACCUCCCCUUACCACGCCCGAGGCUCGCUCGUGCGCGGCGCUUCGAACGCUCAGCUCGAGCAGCGGCUUGGCGCCGACCCGCCGCUUCCCGACGCGCGGGAGCGAGCGAAGGCGCUC